UGGCCGGGACUCGUUCGCUAUGUUCCGUUAUCUGGCAUGAGGCGGAGGGAUCUGGCGGAGGGAGGCGCAGGGAGGUGUUUAUGAGGAGCUGGGGGCAGAGGAGGAGAAUUAGUCCGAGUGGAGCGAGCGAGUCGAGCGGUUGUCUGGUCGCGUCUCGGAAACCGGUAUCCCUUGCAGCAUGGCUGACCAACUGACUGAAGAGCAGAUUGCAGAGUUCAAAGAAGCUUUCUCACUAUUUGACAAGGAUGGAGAUGGGACAAUAACAACAAAGGAGCUGGGAACAGUGAUGAGGUCCCUGGGGCAGAACCCCACAGAAGCAGAGCUGCAGGACAUGAUCAAUGAAGUAGAUGCGGAUGGUAAUGGCACAAUUGACUUCCCUGAAUUUCUGACAAUGAUGGCAAGAAAAAUGAAAGACACAGACAGUGAAGAAGAAAUUAGAGAAGCAUUCCGUGUGUUUGAUAAGGAUGGCAAUGGCUAUAUUAGUGCAGCAGAGCUUCGCCAUGUGAUGACAAACCUUGGAGAGAAGUUGACAGAUGAAGAGGUUGAUGAAAUGAUCAGGGAAGCAGACAUCGAUGGGGACGGUCAGGUAAACUACGAAGAGUUUGUACAAAUGAUGACAGCGAAGUGAAGACACUGUACAGAAUGUGUUAAAUUUCUUGUACAAA